UAGUCGUGUAGCAUCAAAAUCCAUAACAGCUUAAUCUUUUUUUCACAAUGAUGGAAAUAUUCAAAACCCCAAAUCCCUGUCUCCUUUUAUGUCUUGUGGUACUCUGUUUCACUAUCCCAAUCGCAUUAACCAAGGCAGAAGCAACUACAACCAGCCUCCCUGAAAACGAAGCGAACAAUGCUGAACCUGUGAGCAACAAUGCUCCAUUUGCUAAACCUGUUGGGAACAACGGGAAACAAUCCCAACUGGGUUAUCAACAGCAGAAAGACCCAAACUAUCCACAAGAAGGCAUUAACCAGCCACUAUCGUCAGGGUUGAACCAGCCGUAUUCGGCUACGAACCAGCCUUACUCUGCCGGGUUUAAUCAGCCGUUUUCUAGUAUCAGUCAGCCAUUUGGGGGCACCAACCAAAGGGGCUCAAUGGAAAACGUUGCUUUCGAAAAUGGGGUUAAAAAGGAGAAGACUGGGAUUCCAAGUGUUGCCUUGGUUUGUCUAUUUACAUUGAUGGUUUGCUUUGGGUUUUAGUAACCCAUUGCUGAGUCAUGAACUAUGAAUCAAAUAGUUAAGCAGACGUUCAUGCUAUGUAAUCUACGUACUCGUUUAUUUGUAAUCCCUAGUUUUAUCUAAUGAAAAGCUUAUGUUAAUGAAAA